UCAAUUCUUAAGAUGGUGUCGAUGCAAACGCCAUUGUGUAUUGCUAAGAUUGAUUAUACAUUACAAAACAUAGGUUUUCCACCAUAUAUCCUAAAAACAUCCGGAUUAAUAAAAAAUACCGAGUUCGACAUAAAGACUUUCCAAUAUGAAGUUACAAUUUCAAUCGAUGGAGGCACAAUCACAGAACUUCGAACGUCAAAAAAAAUGUACCCUAAUGGCUUUGAUAUUUCAGUUCAACCCGAAAAUGUAAAGGUUGAAUCACUUCUAAAUAGCAAUGAAAAUGUUCGUAUUAUUGUCCCAAAUGGCACAAAAACAUUAUAUAUCAAGAUCACGAAAAAUACCGAGGGAGUUCAGAGUACAUUAAAACGAGAAAAACUUGCACUUUCCAAGGAAAUUGUUUCUAAGGAAAUUGUCCCUAUUUUGGUGGAAAAGUCCAGCAGCCACGAAAAAGAAAAUAUAAAUCACAGCAAAGCGGCGCAAAUGAGUCAUAGAUCUUUUGUUUUAAACAAUGGUUUAAAGAAUCAAUUAAACGACCAAAGUAAAUUACGACAUAAAUCACACCAAAUAUUUUUAAAUCAAAGUAAACAUGAAGAGGUAUUUUUAGAUCAAAAUAAAUCACAACAAAAUGAACAUGAAGAGGUAUUUUUAGAUCAAAAUAAAUCACAACAAAAUGAGCAUGAAGAGGUAUUUUUAGAUGAAGAGAUAUUUUUAGAUCAAAAUAAAUCACAAAAUAAUGAAGAGGUUACCAUUCCUCACGGUCUUUAUAUUCCACCACCACCAAAAUAUCCACCUGUAACUUCAAAGUAUAUUCCACCUCCACCAGAAAAUCCACUUGCAACUUCAAAGUAUAUUCCGCCACCACCAGAAAAUCCACCUGCAACUUCAAAGUAUAUUCCGCCACCACCAGAAAAUCCACCUGCAACUUCAAAGUAUAUUCCGCCACCACCAGAAAAUCCACCUGCAACUUCAAAGUAUAUUCCGCCACCACCAGAAUAUCCAUCAACUUCAAAGUAUAUUCCACCACUACCAAACCAUUCACCCGCAACUUCAAAGCGUAUUUCACCACCACCAAAAUCUCCACCUGCAACUUCAAAGCGUAUUUCACCACCACCAAAAUCUCCACCUGCAAUUCCAAAGUAUAUUCCACCACCACCAGAAUAUAUACCUGCAAAAAAUAGUAUUAAAUCAUCUAAUACCUCUAUAGAAUUUAAUACCCGAGAAGUUUUAGUGGUAGCUUCCUUGAUAAGUAUAAUAAUAGAAGAUUUUGUAUUUUAG